AUGGAUGGCCAAGAAUGUGGAAAAUGUUCGAAGCUCUGGGAAGCCACAGAAGCUGAACGUACUGCUGUCUAUGAUAAACCACAAUGCAAACACUGUGGGGUAUGCUACGACUUCCUUCGAUCCACUUUGUGUGAGCCCUGCAAAGUUGUCCAGCCUGGCUACCAUGAUGGUGAAGCUGUGCUAUCAAACCCAUCAUCCGAAUCUGCAAAAAUUCUCAGCCAUGGUUCAAGCGCGGGAAAUGCAACUCGUUCAACUGCAGCCACAAUCUUGGAUCGCAGAUCUGGCUUUACUAGCAUUGCAUCACAGCACCGUCUAAACCAGCCUCGUCCUCAGAAUUCAUUACUAUUGAGUGCUUCAGAAGUCAAUCGAAAGGUUUCUGCUCUGAAAGCAAGAGCAAAAAAUUCACAGGUUGAUAUAGAUUUUUCGUUGUGGGUUUAUCCAGCUCAGAAUAAACAAGUUACUGCAAAGAGAGCAAAGAUUCCUCCUUCACACUGUACCUUUCCGGCCAAUGAAUCAGCACGAGGUGCUCUUCAGCAGUUGCUAUUGAAGUCGAAGGGUAUGUAUUGCACCAUACCAGUGCAGAGCACAGAUGCAAUCCCCUCAGAAAUUCUCGAUUCAAUGUUCAAAUUCGAGGCUGCCACAUUCUGUACUGCCAAAGGAUCUGGGCCUGGGGGCACUGCUGUUAUUGAGGACCAGGUCAUGGAUGGUUCAAUCGAGGAUCUUUUCGUGAGACUCAAGCAUAAGCGUGUACUAUCUGACAAAGAUGGCUCUGCAAAGGUGCCAAGAAUAACCCUACACAUCUAUGUCUAUGAAAUCGAAUGGGAUAACGAAGAGGCUGACAAUUCACCUGAUAUUGUGGAGACUCGGCACAACUCAAAGGGCAAGUCAAGAGUGCGGAAAAGUGCUCCAAGUCGGAAGAGAAAACGAUCUGACAGCAAAGACUCGGCAUCUGCAACCCCAGGCCCAUCUGCGAAACGUGCUCUCUAUCAAAGUGAAUAUCAACGCUGGCCAUCAGCUCAAGGUUCUGCACAAUUCAGCUUCGAAACAUUCAAAUUUCGGCAAACCACCUGUACAAUUGCCACAGAUGGGACAAUCGAACCUACACACUGUGAAGAUCUAGAGGAGAUAUCUAUCGCACGAAACUGGCAGACACAACAUCGUGCAAAACAACUGGGUGGUGGAUACCUUGGGCAAGGACUGACGAAGCUUGCCAUUCGAGGACGGUACAAAGGACUCGAUUAUGCAAUCCUACAGUGCAAGCCCAUCAGUUCAUCGAGUAACACCAACAUGAAAGAUCUAUCAGAUGAACUAUGCCUUCUACACAAAGCCCAGUACUUCAUGGACUCGUUCUAUAAACGUGCACUUGCUCACGGUGUCAAAGGCCUACCUUCAAUGAAAUGGAACGUCGCGGGAGCAUUUAUAGGAAAGCUCACAGAUUUGUUGCCACCUGCACCAACUGAUGGAACAGAUGACAAUCGAAGUCUCUUAUAUGACGUCUUCCUUGCAACACCACUCCUUCCUUCAGGUGCUUUGUAUCGGGAGGUGAAGUUUUCUGGUAAUGAGCAACCAGGAAACAAUGAGGACAUGAUUGGACGUGUGGUGGAUGCCUACUCACACCAUGUUCUUGUAGACUCUGAUUUCGAGACCUUGAUAUCUGACAUUCAAGGUAUCAUAGCUCCAGACCAUAGUGUCACAUUGUUCGAUCCUCAAGCUCAUACUGAGAGUCAAGACUCGGGUUAUUGGGAUAAAGGCCCAGACCAAAUCCAGUUGUUUCAAGCCCUUCACGAUUGUAAUCAAUUUUGCAAGGCCCUAGAACUUGAACGACACGUCCCAGGAUUCAAACAUUAG